AUGAAUACAGAGAGUGAUAGAAAGAGGUCUUACGAUGCUGUUUCGUCACAGCAGCCGCUUACAAAGAGGCAUAAGCCACUCGAUGAGUUGAGCACUGAAGGGCCUUUAACACAAGCUGACGUGAUUUAUUUCAAAAAAGAGGCUAUAUGGCGACAAAUGAAUCAAUAUAAGCAGCAGGUGCUUCAGUUGAAAACUGAGGUGAAGAAGUUGAGUAAAGAAUCCGAGUUUCAGAAACAUAUCGUUGGUGUGCUAACUUCUUGGUACGAAGAGAUUAUAAACUUGUUUGAUGAAAUUGGCGAGGAUGAAAAUAUCCUUGUGUCUUUUAAUGUAUCAGAACAGGAUGGUUACAGUGUGGGUGAAAAGUUACAGGAUGUCAAAAUUAAACUAUCAAAAGCUCUUUCAUCCAAAGUGUCUCCCGACUCAGACUUGUUGUCACUAAAACAAAUGAGUUUAUUAAAGAGUCAAAAUGAAGUACUAGCGAAGGAUAAACAAUCUUUGUCGGAGAAAUUGGAGCUUUUACAAUCAGAGUUGCUUGACUUGAUCAACGCAACUUCUAGAGACGAAUCAAUUACGUUGAAACGGGUUGACGAUAGUAGGAAAGAUAGUUCGAGUGGUGAAGAAGUGAAAACUGAAGGUCAACCUUCUAAAGAAACCGAGGAGAAAUCUGAGCUUGCUAAUGGUGGUUCUGCUGCUGCUACCCCCGAUGAAUUGAAUGGAAAGGCAAAUGUGGACACCGAAGAAUUGGAAAAGUUGAAUAAUGAAAUUGAGCAAUUGAAAUUGGUCAAUGAGGAGUUACUUCGACAGAUGUCUACCCUUCAAAGUGAAAACCAAACAUAUACUGAAAAAUACAAUGCUUUAGAAACCAAAUUCAAUAAUCUUCAAGAAUCAGAUUUGGAAGACAAUGUCUUUUACAAAAAGUUGGUUAAAAAUAAUCAAUCGUUACAAGAUCAAAUUAGUAAAGUUAAUAAAUUGAAUGCUUUGAAUGUUUCCAAAAUAGACGCAUUGGAAAAGAAUCAAGUUGAUUUGAAGAAGACAUUGGAGGCUGAUUUGUUGAAUGAAACUGAAAGUUUGAAACAACAAUUGAGCAAGAGUGAGCAGGAUUUAGUGAGGAUCAGAACUACUAGAGAUGAAUUAUUAGCCAAGAAUACCAUCAUCACCAGUCAAUUACAAGACCAAAAGACAAACAAGUCAUUAGUGGAAUUGAAUGAGAUUUAUUCAAAGAGGAUAGAUGAGUUGACCAAGGAAAAAUCAGAAUCAUCAACCGCCAUCACCACCACCACCACAACAACAACAACAACAGCAACAGCAACAGCAACAGCAGACAAUGAUGAAAAAAUCCAACUAUUACGUAAGGAGAUCAAUGAAAUUGAACAAGCAUUUAAACAAACACGUGAAUUGACUUUACAAAGAUUAAAUUCAACAAUUGAUCAAGAAAACCUUGUGAAGAAGUUGACCAUUGAGAAAACUAAGGCUGAUCAAAAAUACUUUGCUUCAAUGAGAGUAAAAGAUUCAUUAACUAAUGAAAAUAAAGUAUUGAAACAACAAGUGGCUAAAUCACAAGAAUUGAUCAAGAAUGUUAAUGAGUUAGAGACUAAUUACUUGAACAAGAUUGAAAUCUUAACUAAAUCGUUAGCUGAUUACAAGAUUAUAAAGGAGAAUUCAUUGCAAGAAAAUUUCAGGCUACAAGAUGAAAUUAAUAAUAUCAAUAUUGUUAAGGAUUCUUUACAACGAGAAAUUGACCGAUUGACUAGUAAGCAAGAUGAGUUAACUUCUGAAUUGAGCCAAUUGAAAGAUACGAAUAAAACACAAUCGAUAACCAUUGUUAAAUUAAACCAAAAGCUUGAUCAUACUGAAUCCACAUUACAAAAAUACAAGAGUAAUAACACCAGUUUAUUAUUACAAGAAGAUGAACAACAAUUGGAAGCAUUAAGAUCGAUUGCCAAAUGUUCAGUAUGUACAAAAAAUUGGAAAGAUACUGCAAUAACUGUAUGUGGGCAUGUCUUUUGUUCCAGUUGUACUCAAGAAAGAUUAGCUGCUAGAUUGAGAAGAUGUCCUAGUUGUAACAAGGGUUUUUCAAGUAAUGAUUUAUUAACCAUACAUUUGUGA